CAAACGAAAAACCUUCGCUUCGAUCAGUGUGAAUAUUUACAGACGACAAAAAUCAAAGUGAAAGUGACGUGUAGUGUGAGCAAUAAACUGGGACUACGCAAUACCCAAAGUGAUUUUCGAUGGCCCACAACUGUUAAAUCGAUACUCGGGUGUAACCAAAAGCAAAUCUCGGGAAGAAAGCUGUUAGUUGGCGGAGCCAACUCACAAUGACGACCCCGGAAAAAGAUAACUGUUCCUCCUCUUCCUCAUCGCAUUACGCUCUGCAUGUAGCGCUGCAGACGAUGAAGGAGCGCUGCCAAAAUCUGCAGAAGCGCCUCAGCGCCCUGGAGGAGGAAAAUCUUUCCCUGAGGAUGUCGCAAUCCAGUUUGGCCUUACAGGAGACUACCCCCAUCGAGCGGAGGGUUUCCAACCAAACCGAACUGGAAGUGCUACGGGAGAAGGUAUCGGAACUGUCGCGACACAAGAUCCAGCUGACGGAUCACAUCUCGAUGGUUGCGGCCGAGAACCGACAACUGUGGAGCCGGUUGUCCAAGCUGACCAAGGACAAUCAGGCGCUGGGUGGAUCGGUGGCACGCCUGAAGGAAUCGAUGGUCGGUGGAUCGUCACAGAAUUUGAUCCGAUCGAAAACGUUCACCAAGAAUGCACCCAAUCCGAAGCUGCGGGAUCGGCUACCUCGCGAAGGUAGCGACGGGUCAUCGUCGUCGGAGGAAAUCCAGCUGGAACUGGAAGAUGUUUCGCUACUGAACAAAUGUGGCUUCGGAGACGGCGGAACGGGAGCGGAGAUGGGCUACCUUCAGCACGACGGGGAAGAGCUGCUGAUGUUCGAUAUGGAGAGUAAUGCGGAUGCUAAGCGAUGUACCGAGGGAUUGAUGGAGAUUCAUAAGGAACUGCUGAGACAGCAGACGAUGUUGAAAAUAGCUGCUGGCAAGCUACAGGCCAGGCAAGAAAUAUGUCACGGGUGCAAGCACAAGAAGACUGACGGAAAACCGCAAAUGGUGGACAAAACGGUGGAAGUUGGCAACGAUCUUCCCGGGCUGGAUCGAUCGGCAGCGACGCCGCUGACAGGACAUUCCACAGAGGAUCUUCCUCUGCCGGAGAUUCCAACGGUGCCUCCGAAGAACGGCGCGACGAUAAUGGCUGUUUCGGGCAGCUCGGAGACCGAGGCCAGCACCCUCAAGUACAUCAACAUCCUACAGGAAAAGGUCAAAGCAGACGCCCAGGACAAGAUGUGUCCCAUGUGCGGCAAGAUCUACGUGAAGAACAUUUCGUUCGACGAGUUCCAGGAGCAUGUGGAGGGUCAUUUUAUCGACGAUACCGAGCUGGAUCUGAGCUUGGAUCGGACCUACGAGUACAUCUCGCAAACGGUCGGUAACUUUUGACCAGACGCCGAGCCGAGACGGAUUUACUUCUUUAGCGAACUGUAGGAGGGUACAUGUACCUUGAUCGGGAAAGGAAGACGCUGAUGGCGGAAGUGCAUGUGUAUUGGAAAGCAGUGAUUUCACCAGGAAGUAGGACUCUCUGAAUUUAAUGGUAUUAAGUUAGAAGGCUGAAUUAAUAGUGUUUCGGAUUGGUUGGUCCAAGAGGCGUCAUGCUUGAAUUGAUUGUGUAAGUAUCGUUGGACAGUGAACAUGUAAUAUUAUCAGUAUGAUGUAAUCUAUAAAAAAAUCGCAACCGAACGAUUUACGGUUGCACCAAGUUUUAUCACACUCAUAUUUAAUCCACUUUUAAUUGCACGUACGGUAAGUAUGUGCUGCAUCUAGGUAAUUGAGAAGUUUCUUCCUUGAAUAGCCUUGCUUCAAUGCGAUUGUUAUUAAAUUUUUGACUUGGGAAGCCAUUUCCUGGAUGAAAA